AUGGCCGAGCUGUUAGCAACAAUGCAGAAUAAUGGAGAACAGAAGGAUGACAACAAAAAAGCAAACGCUAAUCAGCACGAAGAGCAUCAGUCAGAGUCCAACGCAAAGACAGGGGAAACACCCCCAAAAACCGGAAGACGACGAACCAACCCGUUUUUCGAAGAAAUAAUGAAUUUCAAAAUGCCUAAGAAUUUUACACUUAUGACUUUAACACCAUAUAAGGGGAUCAGAGAUCCUAAAGUUCAUGUCACAAAAUUUGAGUCUAUGAUGUUCCUCAAUAGAUCCAUAACCAGCUUUGAUGAGUUCGCCAAGAUGCUCAUCAAUCAUUUUGCAGCGUCUAAAAUUUAUGUGAGAGACUCGGACUACCUCAGCACAAUUAAGCAAGGGCAGCACGAAAGGCUAAAAGACUAUAUGACACGUUUUACAAUAGCAGCAAUGGAGAUCCCUGACCUUAAUCCAGAGGAAGUUAUCGCUGUGGCAAAACCAAAGACGUUGGAAGAGUUCCGAGACAAAGCAACUGGACAAAUCGAAAUAGAGGAGCUCUACAAAACUCGGAGGAAUGAGAGACCACCGUCUAGGAAGGAAGAAGAAAGACCUUACAGGUCCCAGAAUAAAGAUUCCAAAAAACCCUUCAAGCUAGUUCUGAAAUUCGAUUCAUACACCAAGUUUAACACCAAAAGGAAAGACAUAAUCAAAGAAAUCUUUCACAAUAAGCUCAUAAAACCACCAAGUAGAGCAAGUACAUACCAAGAUCAAAGGUAUGUCAACAAAACCAAGCAUUGCGCCUUUCACCGAAAAUCUGGCCACACCACGGAUGAAUGCGUGGUGGCUAAGGACACAUUAGAAAGGCUGGCACGACAAGGUUUGCUGGAUAAAUGCAUCGGCAGGCAAGUACGGAAAGAUCCGUCAACUUCGGACGAGAUAGAACAUGUAACGACCCAACUUCUAGCACGUCAUGACCAAUGCUAG